CACAGCGGGACCUACGAGGCUGAGCAGAUGGCUGAUCUUGGUCAGGAAAAGAAGGCUAUAAAAUGCAUCCAGUGCUCAGGACCAAUUCAGCCCAGCAACAAUGUAUCUUGUUGCCUCCAUUGCCAAAACAGCCCCACGUGCCACAGAGAAGUUGUAGCAGAGGCAAUGAGCACGCCCUCUUCAGUGAAUAAGUGUUUAGAAUCUCAAGACAUGCUUGUUUCUUUGAGUCGCCAAGCAGUGUCUCUUACAAAAGAGGCGUCAAAAUCAACCUUAACAGACUCUCACAGACCAAUGUUCUUUGCCUCAAGCAUUCGUAGCAGUAUUACAGAAUGCAAAGUUCCUCAUACACGGAUAGAGGAUGGUGCAGCAAUUCAGCAAAUUUAUUCUUUUGGAAGAAAACUAGGACAAGGCAGCUUUGGGGUGGUGAUUGAAGUAACACACAAAGAAACGGGUAUAAAGUGGGCAAUCAAGAAAGUAAACCGGGAAAAGGCUGGAAGUUCUGCUGUAAAACUACUUGAACGAGAAGUAAAUAUCCUGAAAAGAGUAAACCAUGAACACAUAAUACAUCUCGAAGAAGUGUUUGAGUCACCUAAGCGCAUGUACCUUGUAAUGGAGCUGUGUGAGGAUGGAGAACUUAAAGAGAUCCUUCACAGAAAAGGUCAAUUCACAGAGAAUGAAACAAGGCACAUAAUUCAGAGUCUUGCAUCAGCAAUAGCAUAUCUUCACAGAAAAGAUAUUGUUCAUAGAGAUCUGAAAUUGGAAAACAUUUUAGUUAAGAGCAGUGACUUUGAUGAAGAAAAUGAAAUGAAAUUGAAUAUAAAGGUGACUGAUUUUGGUUUAGCUGUACAAAAGGUCGGUGGAAGUGAAAGUAUGUUCCAGUCUACCUGCGGGACUCCUAUCUACAUGGCUCCAGAAGUCAUCAGUGCACAUGACUAUAGCCAACAGUGUGAUGUUUGGAGCAUUGGUGUCAUUAUGUAUAUGCUGUUGUGUGGUGAACCACCUUUUCUAGGAAGCUCAGAAGAAAAACUUUUUGAAAUUAUAAAGAAAGGAGAGCUUCACUAUGAACAUUCAGUCUGGAAAUCAGUCAGUGAGGCUGCCAAACAUGUGUUGCAGCUGCUUAUGAAAGUAGAUCCUGCCCAUCGAAUCACUGCUAAUGAGCUUCUUGAUAACCAGUGGAUAACAGGGGAAACGGACAUCCAGAGACCCUGUAACGUUCUUGAGCUGAUGAAGAAGUGGAACAACAGCAGCAGCACUGAGAUUGGAGAAGUAUGCUUGGCUGCAGAUGACCUGAAUGGUGCAUCAGGUGGUGCUCAGCAGGAAGGAAACCGUGAAGGCCAAGAGAGUCCUAUUAGUAGCAAUGGCAACUCAGAGGCUGGGGCGGAAACAGAGUCGGAGAGUGGGAGCAGCAAACCCUCCACGCCCACAAAACAGGUUACCAAGAAAAAAAGUCACACCAAUGCUUUACCAAAUGGGACACUUAAGAAGAAAGGUUCAUCUCUCAAGUCAUCUUCCAGUUCACAGAUUAGUAGAACUGGAUCAGUGUCUCCAGUGGGGAAUUCAAAACGGAGCCAGGAAGGUCAAGAGAAGAAAAUGGAAGUCGAAAAAGUUUCUUUUUCUGCGAGUCAAGGAUCGUUAAACAAAACGACGCAAAAAUCAGCGACCAAUAGCGGCUUACUGAAAACCAAAAAGAAAUCCUAG